GAGCCGGAGCCGGAGCCGGACAGCAUCGCAGGAUGGACCUCCCUGAUCCUUCAGGUCCUGCUGCCCUCCCCAAGCACAUCUUGGAUGUCUGGGUCAUCGUCUUGAUCAUCCUGGCCACCAUCCUCAUCAUGACAGCCCUGGUGCUCUGCCCAGCCACUGCUGUCAUCAUCUACCGGGUACGGACUCACCCCACACGCAAUGGCAUCGUGUGAGGCUUCGAGGGACAG